UGUUGGGACAGUCUGCUAAGUUGUAAGAAGCGGGGAAAGUCCGCUGCGAGCGCUUUGGUUCUGGCGGGGUGAGCGUGCUGGUUGUCUUGGUUUGUGAAAGGAUAACGCUGGAUGGUGGGGAGAAAAAAAUGAUUCGGACUGGCUAAAAGACUGUUACCCGGGGUGUCCCGGAGAAGUGGGAAGCUGGCUGAUUUGAGCUGAUGGGAUUGGUGCACUCCAGGAGCCCUUGACUAAAUAAUGCCAUCUAUCAAGACUUAGGAAAUAUAUCUUCUCUGUCACUGCCCCUGCCUUCUAGAAUGAGAUUUCUCUGAGAUUUAGGUGUAGAGAUGCAGGAAGGUGUCCGUUUUGCUUCUUCAGGAGAUGAUGAUGUUAAAAUAUGGGAUUCGUCUUCUAUAACUGUUGUGGAUCAAUUUAGUCCCCAUGAAUCUUCUCACCCAGUUAAUUCAGUAUGCUGGGGUAGCAACAAUAACUUUUUGGUAACAACGUCAGCUGUUGGUGAUAAGAUAGUGAUUUCAAAUUAUAAAGGAAAACCAGUUCCACUCUUUGAACUAGCUGAAGGGGCAAAGCAAACAUGUAUAAGCUUGAGUUCGAAUUCAAUGUAUAUUGCAAGUGGAGGAAUUGAUAGCACUGUUAAUAUCUGGGAUUUAAAAUACAGAAAACUUCACCGAUCACUUAAGGAUCAUAGAGAUGAAAUAACUUGUGUGUCAUUUAAUUGGAAUGAUUACUAUAUUGCCUCAGGAUCCAUGAGUGGUGAAAUUAUCCUGCAUAGUAUCGCUACAAAUUUAUCCAGCACUCCAUUUGGUCAUGGAAGCUCACAGCCCAUACGCCAUUUGAAAUAUUCUCCCUUUAAAAAAGCAUUAUUGGGCAGCGCCUCUGACAGUGGAACUGUAACCCUAUGGGAUGUCAACAGUCAAACUCCGUACCAUAACUUUGAAAAUUCUCAUAAAGCUCCAGCUUAUGAAAUCUGUUUUUCUCCCAUCAGUGAGUUGCUGCUUGUAACUGUAGGUCUAGAUAAAAGAAUAAUUCUCUAUGACACAGCAAGUAAAAGGCAGUUGAGAACUUUAGUAGCAGAAUCUCCCCUAACUGCAGUAGAAUUCAUGCCUGAAGGAAAUUCACUGAUUAUUGGCUCCUCUCGUGGAAAAAUAUACCAUUAUGAUUUAAGAAAGCUGACAGCACCUGUGAAAUCAGUCAGUGCUCACAAAACCUCUGUGAAAUGCAUAACACUGCAGAAUUGUAACAGUUUUUCAAAGUCUAGUCAUAAAACAAGUUCAAGUAAGCAAACUUGCAAAAAAUCUGGUGUCAAAUCCACAAAUAAUACUGGAGGAAUUCAGAAUGUUGGCAUUUUAAAAAAUCUUAUAUCUAAUGUACCUGCUACUUUCCUGCCCCAGUCCAUGCCAAGUAAUGAAGUUAAAGGAACUGAUGCUAUUCCAGAUAAAUCAGGCUUGACCCAGAGCAGCAAUUUGGAUGUAAUUCCUUCCAAAGAGUUGGAUCAUGGGAAUACUUCUAAUUCAACUAAUUUUGAAGACUUGGGAAAAAAUAGUUUGGGUGACCUGUUUUCUCCACUUCGAGAUGAUAUUGCGGCUUGUAAAGCAAAUGAAGAUGUUCCAGGAAAGAAUGAUGGUUUGGAUUUUCAGUCUUAUCUUUUAAGCAUGGAUUUUCUCUCUCAGUUUAAUAAUGCUUUACCUACAAGAAAAAAUCCAGCAGGAUCAAAUCCACAAAUUGUUCAUUCAAGUCCACUUAAUAUAUUUGUUGGCUCCCCCAUUAAAGAGGAAGAUGAGCAUCUAGAUAUUGAUGCUAAAAAAACAAAUCAUGGAAAACAAGAAUCCAAUGAGCACAUCAAACAGUUGAGCUCCUCAAGCUCUGAUUCUUCAACCCUGAAUACUCCACCUGUUGCCAAUUUAAUCAAGAGUCCUGAUUCCAGAGAAAGACUUAUUAAGAAUACCCAGACACAACUUUUAUAUGAAUCACCAAUGAAUGGUACUACCUCAACAAAUCCGAAGAUAUCUUCCAAUAUUACUUCUGGAGUUGCUAGUACACUAUCUGAAAAAAUAAUAGAUACUAUUGGAAACAGCCGAUCGAAUGCACCUUUAUCAUCAAUACAAAUUCAUUUCAUUCAGAAUAUGAUACAAGAAACUCUGGAUGAUUUCAGGGAAGCUUGUCAUCGUGACAUUGUAAAUUUGCAAGUAGAAAUGAUCAAACAGUUUCAUGUUCAGUUGAAUGAAAUGCAUGCCUUACUUGAAAGAUAUUCUAUAAAUGACAGUUUAGUAGCAGAAAUUGAAAAAUUGCGUGAAGAAAAUAAAAGACUUCAAACCCACUUCUGACAGAUUUCUAUUCAUGUGAAGAAAAUAAUUUGAUAUUUUUGUUCCAAAUGGCUAAGACAUCAUGAUGUCAUCUGAUAAUUUCUGAAGUAGAGUGUAAAUUCAGUAUUUCUUUCAGUACCAAAUAAUUGUAGAAAAGCAAUAUAUACUGACUUAAUACAGAAAAUGCACUUACAUUUGUAUCAAAGUGUUUUAAUGGUAAAAUUGAGGCUAACAGGAUUAUUAACCAUUUCUCUAUCUGUAUAUAAAGUGCCUUUAUAAAAAAGGAAACUAGGACAUUUUUUUUUGUAUAACAAUUUAUCAACCUUCUUUGCCUUGUGUGGUGUUGGUGGAACUCUCUCCUUUUAGCCUGAAAAAAACCGCAAGUGCCUGACUUUUGAUUUUUAUAUUGUACAUGCUCUUUAAAAGUUCAUAUCUUUCCUACAGUGGUUACUUUGUAAGUGUAGAAUACAACUCUAAUAUGUAACUCAGUUGUAAACAAAAUACCUUCAACUUUUCUAUAUAAUUUCAGAAUACAAUUUGAAUAAACAAUAUGUAUAGUUUUGUCUAAUCAUACUUGAUCCAAUAGUAUUACUAUACUAAAAUCAGCAAUUCCUCAAUCUGUUCUUUCAGUAUAGUUUUCUUGAUUUCUAGUGCAACCAUAGUCAAACUCAGUUAUUUCAGUUUGACUUUGCUGUUUGUUAGAUUUUUGUUAUUAAAGUUGAAGAAUUGAAUAGGCUUAAUGUAAUUUAAUCUGCAAAACAAAAUAACUAAAACUACUUGGCUGUCCAGUGGGUCAAAAAUAUGUCCUGGAUCUUCCUGUCACCAAUAAUGUUUUAAAAGAAUGUAAUUUCCGUGACAGAAACAUGUGCCUUUGAUGUAAAUGAAGAAAAUGUUUUCAAAAACUUAUACCAAGUUGAUACAAUUCAGUAAAAUUAUUAGUUUAUCCAUUUUAAUAUAAAUUUUAUUUAGAUUAUCAUAAUAUAAAAUACAAAUGAAAAUAAAGAUAGUAGAGAAAUGGGGAAGGGAAAGAAAGGUGUGGGAUAACAGAAGAGAGAAAAAAAGUAUUCCAAUUAUUUUUCAGAUCAGUAAAGUACAAAAAAAAGGUUAAUUAUCCAUGAGGAAUGUGUACAUCGUGAUACAGUCCAUUCCAGAAUAAAAACAAGCUGUCUUUGAAAGCGGCAGACUAUUUAUUUAUUGUAGCAUUGUAAACCCAAAUUGGCCAGCUUCAAGUUGCUAUAAUAAUGGAUUUUAUUCAUCAACAAGGAGUUUGGACUACAUUUUCAAAAGAUUGUGUCAUUAUUGUCAGGUACUACAGUAAGUUCCACCAAAUGUAAAGAGAUUUCAAUAUUUUAAUAAUAUGAAUAAUGCAACUUGAAUUUGCUUUUCCAGGUGCUGUUUAGUUGGUAACAAACUAGCAUAGCUAUUUAUAAGUACAGUAAACUGAUUUUAGGAAGGAAAGAUCUGAUAUCCAGAAUUGUGUAUGUCCUGCGUUGAAUAUAAACAGCUCUAUUAAAUCCCUUUUGUUUUCCUAUUCAUACCACAAAUCAGGAGAAUUACAUUAUUCAGAAAUGAAUAAUAUGCAGCAGUUCUAUAUACUUUCCAUAGGAAACUGGACAAUGAAUCUAUGGGAAUUACUGUGAAAGGCAGUGUGUUUAAGGAUAUGAGUCCAUGUUUAAGGAUAUGAGUCCAUUUUAAUUUCUUAUAUAGGUAAGGCAUAUUAUUUUGGCAGAAGAUAUAAAAUAUUUAGAAAAUAUGUCAAAACUUUGUGCUUGUCUUCCUUCCUUAUAUUUUUUCCAAUAUCAAAGCAUUUGAUAAUUUCAGGUGUCUUAUUAGACAUAACAGAAUUUAUAUGACAUGUUACUGUCUUUUACAUUCUGCAGAGUCAAAAUCAUGAAAUUGUUCACAGUGUUUAAAAAUGUAAAAGUAUUAAAUGCUUUCACACAGAGUAUAACCUAUUCAGUGCUUUUACAUGUACACACACAGACACACCCACCCAUCCACACACACACACGCACAGAGAGAGAGAGAGAGAGAGAGAGAGAGAGAGAGAGAGAGAGAAAGAGAGAGAUGUGUGUGUAUGUAUGUAUGUAUGUAUGUAUGUAUGUAUGUAUGUAUGUAUGUAUGUAUAUAAACUUGCACAUCUGACUUAGUUCCCAGUAAUCUGGCAUGGAAAGUACUUGUCUUUCACAUGACCUCUUAAAAUCAUUUCAGAAAACUGCAACCGUAUUAGAUUCUUUUGUAAACCUGUCCUAUACAGAAAUGCUUUCAAGAUUCUAUGGAGAAGAAAGUUGAAAUGUAAUUUAUAUUUAAAAAUCAUAUUGUCAUAAAGUAAAGGAAAAUCUUCAGUUAAGUAUUAUUAUGGCAGAUCUGUGUUAGAAUACUGCUUUUGAACACUUGUAAGAUAGCCAGGAUUUUAAAAAUAAGACAUGGUGACAAGCAGUAUAUGAGGUACAUUGACGGGAAUGCUGGCUUUGAUGGGUGGAAACCAGAAUGAAAGCAUGGUGAGUUCUUAAUUUACUGAACCAAUUUCCCACUGUGAAAUCCACAGGUUUCUGUUCUGAAUGAAUUUUGACAUGCUGUUCCAUUUUUCAGAUUAAUAUGCUUUCUUUGUUCAUUUACUAAACACAGAAAGUGUUGUGUGGUAUCAUAAAAUAAAUACAGUCCAAUUAACUUUUAAAAUAUUUUAAAGUAAAUAUUGUCCUUUUAUUGCCAAAUAUCACAGUUAUAUGGUUGCUACCAUUACGUUGCUUGUUAUUAUAGCAUGAGUUUAUUGUACGUGAGAGUAUCUCUCUGAGGGACAUGGAUGGUUCAAAGAUGUGAAAAUAAAACGACUUUCAAAGCAGAAACCAUAAGUAUGUUUGUUUAAUACGAUGAGAAAAAAAUAAGAGUGGAUUUUGUUCCCCUUUUUAGAGAGGAAAGAUGUUCACAGAUAUAAAAUUCAAUAGUAUUUUUUAGAAGAAUGGGAAUAUAUUAAUAUGUGACUCUUAUCAUGUUGAAAAGAAAGCACUAGAUUAAUAGAUUUCAUACAUGGACAGCAAUUAUGCCUUCAUUAAAAGUAAUAUAUUAAAUUGAACUGUAACACUGGAAUUUAAAUGUAAUAAAAACCAAUACUAGCAUACAUAAUAGCUAAGAAAUUACAACAUUGACUAGUUUUGGUCAUGUCAUUUCUAUAGUUAAUGGUAGUUGUUUAAUCCCUGUGCUUGUAUUUAAUUGGGAGUCAAAAUCGUUUUCAUGUAACCACAAAAGUAGUUUUAAAUUAUUACAAUGAUUUUCCCUUGUGAUUUUUUACUUAACUCAUAAUGUGUAUACAGUGUAUACAGUUAGGUUGUUGCAGCUCAGUGAUUGAUGUUUCCAUUUUAUUUCAUAUUUAUGAUAAAGUCAAGGGAGAGUCUCUUGCGCGCGCACGCGUACACACACACACACACACACAGGCUGGGCUCACACUAUACUUAAUUGUAUUCUAUUGGAAAACUGGGCUUUACAUCAUACUAAAUCUAAACUAACCAAAGUAUGUUUCAGUGCAAUGUACAAACUAUGUUACUCUUUUCAUAUUUCCUCUUUUACAGUCUUCUAAAUUAAAGCUACUGUUUCCAUAGUGACAUGUCAUUCAGAAAGGAAGACUCUAUGGAGUGAAUGAUUGAUGAAAUAAGCAACUUCAAAAUGGAAUGAAAAUGGAUAUUGUCCAAAAUAUAGCAAAGCAUUUGACAUUUAUUGGGAUUCUUUUUGUUGUUCUGGAGUAUUGUGUGGAUUUGAAGUAGAAAUAAAACUUUUUCCAACAUUA